AUUCAUAGGGAUUUGAAAGCCAGCAAUAUUCUACUGGACACACACAUGAAACCUAAGAUAUCCGACUUUGGAAUGGCAAGAAUGUGUAAGGAGGAUGAAGUUGAAGCAAAUACAGACAGAAUAGUUGGAACACUGGGUUAUAUUCCACCUGAAUAUGUAGAGCAGGGCAUCUAUUCAACGAAAUCUGAUGUUUUCAGUUUUGGAGUACUUCUUCUUCGAAUCAUAAGUGGAAAGAAGAAUACAUGUCUACAUGGUUCAGAACAACUAAACCUUCUUGAAUAUGCAUUUGAGAUGUGGAAUGAAGGUAAAGGGAUGGAGUUUAUGGAUGAGUCACUUGAUGAUACAACAUCAUCUUGCAAACUAUUGAAUUGCAUGCAAAUUGCACUAUUAUGUGUCCAAAAAAAUCCAUUGGAAAGGCCUACAAUGUUGGCAGUUUCCAAUAUGUUCAAGAAUAUUGCAAAUUUAGCUAUGAUUUCUCCCAAGAGGCCUGCAUUUUCUACAAUGGAAGAUGAAGAAGGUGACAAUGUGAAAGGGGAAUUGCAGGAAAUCGAAGAAGUUGACACUGCAACUAUUACUCAAUUGGUUGCAAGAUGAUAUGUAUUAUUCCCUUUCCUACUUUAUAGGAUUUUAUGUAGUGGAGGCUCAAAUAUAAUUAACACUUCAACCAUUAUUUAUAGGUAA